AUUUCGAAGAAUCAACAUGUUGAGUACCUACAAAAGUACAACACUCAAUCUAAGGCAGUGUAUUACGAUCAUGAAGUUCCAUUGCUUUCUUUAGUUCUCACCGUUCAUAAUCCCUUUAUAUAAACUCAAAAGAUACUGAAUCAUUUCAUUGCUCUCACUAUAUUCUACUUCUUCAGUUCUUCCCCAUGACUAAUCUAACACAUUAAUUCAUUCUUGAUUUCUUACAUUAAAAUCAUGGGUGCUAACCUCUGCACUCUGUGCCACAUAAUACCAUGCCAAAAAUCUAAAUCAUCUAGAACAAGAAAAGGGUCACCUUCGAAGGAGGAGGGAAUUCAAGACAACUGUGGGGAGAUAGAGAACACAAGAAGGUUGAGCAAGAUUCUCAAAAGAAAGAUAGACAUGGAGACACCAGAGAAGACGAUUCUCAUGCCUAGGAAUUUAACUCUACAUGAUUGGAUAGUAGCCUCUCCUAGCUUGAAGCCAGAGUACCUCAUGAGAGGUGAACUCUGUGGGAACUCCAUGAAAAAGGUUCACCCUUGUUCAGGUCAAUUCCUUGGAUCUUUGUUAAGUGAAACCAAAGACAGUUUAUGUUUAGACAGACCCAUUAACCACGAUGAAGAAUCUGAAGAUAUGUCAAAUUGUUCCUUGAUUUGCAAAAGCUUAAGUGGGAAAUCUCAAAAGAGUGUAAGAUUCAAACUUCCUCACACUGUUAAAUAUUACACACCAGAGAGGACUUAUUGCAAAAAAGCCUAUUUGUGCUCAUCACAGGAACAGAAGAAGCCUUAUAAGGGUGAAAGUGAAAGUGAAGGCUCAUUUUUCUCCCCAAUGGGACCUAACUGCAGAGAAAAUUCCUUUGAAUCUUCUGCAGAGGAACCUGCUUUCAGGCUUGCAGUGCAUAUUCUUCCUCAUGUAUUUGUCUCUUCCAAAGUUUGAAGUUUGUUAAUAUGGUCUUGCAUACAUAUUCAUGUGUUUUGUGAUUGGAUUCCAAGGAUGUAGUGACUACUAAAUCAUUUAAUGGUUAAUUUGUACUUCUAAAUAAAAUUGUCCGUAUUUCUCUCAUUAAAGAUAUUAUCCUAACAUAUGACUUUC